AAUUUAUAGGCUAGUGGACUAUGCACACUGCACAGACCAGUCUUGAAACAUCCUAUGCUUAACACAUGAAAAUGGCAAGUCGGAGCCAAUCGGCUGAUACUUGUCAACUAUGGCCAAACUAUACAUCUGGGUUACUUGCUGGUGUGGUGAAUGUGGCUGCAACAUUUCCUAUCAAUAAAGUCAUCUUCAGGCAACAAAUCAAUAGUUCCAGAUUUACUGCAGCUGUCAAAGAGGUUCACAAAGAAGGAUUACUUAUGCUUUAUCGUGGAAUGGCUCUCCCGCUUUGUCAAAAGUCUGUUCAAGUGGGGUUAAUGUAUGGAUUAUUCGAGACGUUCUAUAAGGGCCUUCCAACAAAUGUGAUUGCAGACAACACAAGUAGAACUGUAGUUGCAGCAACACUAACUGGCAUAAGUGAAGCUCUUGUUGCCACCCCCUUUGAACGUGGUCAAAGUUUACUGCAGACUCCUGCAUUCCAUGGGAAAAUUAAAAAUACAUUGGAUCUCAGGCACCACCUGAGAUCAAUCCAGCAGUGGUACAGAGGUUUCAGUGCAAUUCUCAUCAGAAACUGCUCCACAAACUGUCUUUUCUUUGUUUGUCGGAACCCUCUGCGUAAUGCGCUGCCCUCUUCACAGACCCGGCAGGGGCAAUUUGCGUUAAACUUUGUUUGUGGUGCUUGUUUAGGUGGUGCAAAUAGUACUCUGAUAUACCCUGUAAAUGUUGUGAAGAGCUACCAGCAGAAACAGAUAUCCAGUAAUAGAGAAUCCCUUCUCAAAUCUUGCAAGGUAAUUUUGUUAUCAUUAGUUUAUUAA